UUUAUAUUAUUUUACAACUCACCGUAAAUGGGUUGGUGCACAGUGGAAAGAAAUUUUGAUUUUAUUUAGCUUGUUUCAAAAGUAGUAACUCUUAAAACACGAAGACGUCGUACUUUUAUAAAUUAAAGCGAUAAGUAAAGACCCCUUUAUUAUUGGGACAUUUAUAAAUCUAUUGUAAAGGCAGAGCAAAUAACAGAUUUAUGUGACAGUUUUUCAAUCAACGUUCGGUGGCUGAAAAAUUUCAGUAAGAAAAUGGCGGCUAAUAAAACUUUAGCAUCGUUGAGCACCACUCGUACAUUCACCUUAAAUAUCCAUGUUACUGAUUUACAAACUCAAAAAAGCAUCGAAGUUAAUCAAGAAAGUCAUGUAGGUUUUGUUAUGCUGGAAAUUGUUGAGAAAUUAGAUGUUACAGCAGAUUAUUCUGAUCAUGCACUUUGGUGGCCUGAAAAAAAAAUUUGGAUGCAGAAACCACGUCUAUCCCUAGCCUCCUAUGGCAUGACCUAUGACACACAACUUCAAUUCACACCACAGCAUAAAAGUGUAAGACUUCAAAUGCCUGAUCUUCAGAUAUUAGAUAUGAGAGUAAACUUUGCUGUUGAUGUAUUUCAUACUGUAUCAGAAUUAUGUGCAGAACUUGGCAUAAGACACCCAGAAGAACUAUCCUUAAUGAGACCUUUUGAAACUGGUACUGCUAAAAAACGAAGGAAAGGGAAAAAAGGUUCUGGAUCUGUUGGUUCAGAUGAGACAGGUUCUCAGGGCAGUGUUGGAAAUGGUACUCUUAAUAGAUCUACACUACAAACACCUACAACUCCAGCACCAACUACUUCACCUGUCUCUACUGGUGGAAGAUCAGGCUCAGAUUAUUCUUAUUCUAGUAGUGAUGCUCUUAACCCAUACACCACAGCAUUGUCUCCCAUGUUAGCUCACAGUCCCAAUACGGUCACCCCUGAACAACUAGAUGGUAUUGGACGCGGAAAACCACUCGUAGAACGUGCAACCUUUAAUACUGGCUGGUUUGCAUCUUCUGAAUCACUUAUGCAACAGGGAGUAAAAGAAUAUGACAACUUGUUACUGAGGUUUAAAUACUACAACUUCUUUGACUUAAAUCCCAAGAUUGAUGAGGUGCGAAUCAACCAAAUUUACGAGCAAGCUAAAUGGCAAGUACUAACAGAAGAAAUCGAAUGCACAGAAGAAGAAGCGAUCACCUUUGCUGCAUUACAAUUCCAAGUAAAAGUCGCUGCUCAAAACCCACAAAACUCAUCGGCCACUGAAGAAGUUGAUGAUAUAGAGUCAGCCCUCAAUGAAUUGCAGAUGACAUUGGAGGGUACAAGUCAACAAAACACGUCUACUGGAGUUAGUCAACCUUCGCAACGACCAGCUCUUUCACAUAUCCCUGAAAUGAAAGACAAUCUAAACUUAAUAAAGUCCAAAAGUUUUGGCAUGAAAAGUGUCAAGAGCUACUAUUUUCUAUUUAAAGAUACGCAUAUAUCUUAUUAUAAACAGCAAUCAGAAUCUAUGGCUCAACCGAUACAAAAAUUCAACCUAAAAGGUUGUGAGGUAUUUCCGGAAGUUAACAUCAGCAAAGAUAAAUAUCAUAUCAAAUUAAGAAUACCAGGUCCUGACAUGUUUGAAGUAGAGCUUGGAUGUAACUCACCAGAACAGUAUGUCAAAUGGAUGGCUGCAUGUCGCCUCGCAUCAAAGGGAAAAACUAUGGCUGACAACACUUAUGAAAUGGAAAUGUCUGGUGUGCGAACCUUCUUAAGUAUGCAAAGUGAUGGUGGUUUAGCCAGAGACGAUACAGAUUACUCUUUAGGAGAACAUGCUGGAAUGCAACCAGAAGACUUUGUUCCACAAAGAAUUUUAUCAAAGUACAAGAGUAAACAGAUCGCGGCUCGGAUUCUGGAAUCACACUCGUCGUUUACCAAGCUUGGCCUUUUAGAAACUAAAAUGAAUUUCAUUCGCCAGUGGCAGUCACUACCAGAUUUUGGUAUUACGAAAUUCAAUGCGAGAUUUAGAGAGUCUAAGAAGAAACAGGAGAUAGUUGGUAUAGGGACCAACAAAAUUACCCGUUUCGAUGUCAGCUCCCGUCAAGUCGUGAAACAAUGGCGGUACAGCUCCAUGAAGAAUUGGAAUGUGAACUGGGAAACGCGUGAAAUGAUUAUCUCAUGCGAAGGAGAUAACAACACUGUCAUAUUCUCCCUAGUAGGUGGAGAUAUUAGAUUGGCGCACGAGUUUAUUGGAGGGUACAUAUUUCUUUCAAUGCGCAAGGAUGUUAAUGCUCCAUUAGAUGACGAGAUGUUCUAUAAACUGACAGGCGGUUGGAACACUAUUGGGGGUGGAGAGGGCAAAGACUGGUCAUCCAAACCUGCUCUGUAACAAGGUUAAGAGCUGCACCCUUUUUAUGUUUUGGUUUGUUAGUAGUUGGUCGGUAGAGACUAUACCUACAUGGUACUCACGCGCUAGCUAUCUUUUUAUUCAUUUUAUAUGAAUUUUUAAUACAGUUGGACAUAGCGGUUGUCUCGCGUUGUGAUUCUGCAGAAUACUCACAAUGGACAUGGAAGAUUGUUGACCGUAAUUGGUUCAUUUUUUGUUUGUUUUUAGCACUUCGUGUUUUCUUGUACAUUAAAUACUCUUUAAUUUUUGUACAGACAGCUUUUUAUAUAGUCGAAGUAUUUUUGUGGUCAUUUCUGCUUUUGGUAAACACUUAGUCAAUUUUGUACAUAUGCAUGCAUAUUCAUGUACAGCGUGCACGAAACAAAUUGACUGUUCUCUUAUCUCAUUGCGAAGAAUAAUAACAUAUUUAUAAUUAUUUUUAAUCAAACUGUAAUUUGAAUUUUUCUCUCAAACUUGAUUUAAUCAUAUAUCUUGAUAAUACAGAAUGAAAAUUAUUGAGAAA